CAUUCUCUCCGGAACAUGCCGCAACGUUAAUAUGUUAACGUUGAUUAACGUUAAUUGUUGCUCCGAGAGAGGAGACUCCUGCGAAAUCCGACUGAAUAAAGAUGCCCAAAGUGCGAAGUGCUUAGAUGGAAGCCAAAGCGUUGUGCAGCUAGAGAACGGGAGGUGAGCGUGCUGACAGCCUACAUCCGGGCAUUGGAAGGCGGCAGCACCGGGAGGUGUGCGAGCUGACUGCGCCCCGGGAGCCUCGCAGGGGAAACCUUAAACCCCGACCCACUAGGAGGCCUCACUUUCACGUCUGAACGUGGUUGCCUGGAAGCUGCAAUCUGAACGGACGCCACCUCUGAGAGGUCUUUCCUGACUCAUACUAGAAUAAGGGCCUCAUGAAUAGGAAUGCCUUCCCACAUACUGGAAUUGGACAAAAUGGAUGAAGAUCGAUUAAGCAAAGAAGUUUUGGAUAAGUUUGUCAAUUGUCAUGAGCAAACCUAUGAAGAAUUUCUAAAUACCUUUAUUCAUCUUUCAAAAGAGGAUAAAGUGAUUAAAGGGGGAGCACGUGGAACCAGUUCUUCAGAAAACACAUCUACCUCUGUAAAAUUUCCUCAGAAAAGUGGCUCAAAUGGACAUUAUUUUAGAAAUACAGCCAUCGUUCCUCACACUUCAUCACAAUAUUCAGAAGUGGAACAGAUACUGAUCAAUGAAGGCCAAAAAGUUGGCGGUUCCUUUCAAGGUGAUCUAGUGCGGGCAGGAGAGGUGAAGGUGGACAAUUUUCUAGAUUUAGAAGAUUUGGACCUGGAUGAAGAGAAUGAGCCCCAAAUGAGCAAGGACGUGCUGCUGCUGCUUCCAGGAGAAGUGGAGCCGGACGUGAGCCCCAGUGCUCCUCCCCGCGUUUCCUCGGCCGACCAGCCUGUGGCCUCUGAGGGGAAGCCGAAACCCACCAUGCAAAGAACACACAGCCAACGCGAGGAGAUACUUGGAGAUGAGGUUCAACCCUUCUCUCUUGAUGAAGAGUUUGAUUAUGACAACCUGACUCUCACCCCUAAGUUCACUGCUGAAGAGAUAGAGGCCCUCAAAGAGCUAUCGAAGCAAGAGAGGAAGGACAGCGACACAGACUUAGGGGAACCCCAGGACUGAGUCAUGACCUCUCAUUUGAUGGCAGAGCAACUAACAAGACUGAAGAAAUCACUUCUCUUCCUGAAUUCUCUCCCUGGGAAUAUCAUCUCAUCUCCUUGGUGAUGAAGGAGAAUGACACAUGCAAAACACUAUAACACAGAGAAAGUUGCCUAUGUGGGUCAUCCUGGUCCCAUGUGUCCACAAAUAGUGUAUCAGUGUGAUGGUUGAGAGAUUAGGCUUCUGGGAUUUAUUGGGAAGAGCUUCACUGAGAAUGAAGGUGUGUGUGAAAGGUGAUUUUAUGUUACACAUGGCAUUCUUGGAUUUUUUUUUAAUGACCAUCAAACCAUGUGUGUUGGUAACAAAGUACAAGGAAUGAACUGUGUUUUAUAAAGCUUAAGGUUCACCUUAAAAAGGCAGGACAACCAAAGAAGGUUAAAAAACAUCAUGGGGGCUGGAGAGAUGGCUUAGCAGUUAAGCACUUGCCUAUGAAGCCUAAGGACCCCAGUUCUAGGCUCAGUUCCCUAGGACCCACAUUAGCCAGAUGCACAAGGGUGUGCAU